CUCACAGUAGAAGAGAAAGGUCGGUUUCGGUAUGCCGCCAGCGUCCUCAGACACAGACAUAGACAUACAUCGGACCUUCGCCACCUUUCCUUGUCUUCUUUAGCUCUCUGUAAACACUUUGAGAAAAGAAUUAAGAUUACCAGACAGAAUCAAUGGUUUCAAUGAUGGUCAAUUCUCAUUAUACCGUUCCUUCCAUUAAAGGGUUUGAUAUCCAGAACCAUGUUGGUGUUAGAUCUACCUCCACUUUGAGGUUCAAUGCCGGCGAGGGGCUCCGGCGGCGGCCUUUUGUGGUGAGGGCAAGCGAAAGUCGUGAUGGGCAUGUGAAGAAGAUGGGAAUGAGCGUUGCACAAUGCGAGGCUGCUGUUGUUUCUGGGAAUGUACAUGAAGCACCUCCUGUGCCGCCUACCCCUGCUGUUCCUACUGGAACUCCUGGCAUCCAACCUCUUCAACUUAACCGGCGCCCUCGUCGCAAUCGCAAGUCCACUGCUUUAAGAAAAUCUUUCCAAGAAGCAAAUCUAUCUCCUGCAAAUUUUAUAUAUCCACUUUUUAUUCAUGAAGGGGAAGAGGACACACCCAUUGGAGCUAUGCCAGGAUGUUAUAGGCUUGGGUGGAGACACGGGCUUGUUGAGGAGGUUAGAAAAGCUCGGGAUGUUGGAGUUAAUAACAUUAUGCUCUUUCCCAAGGUUCCGGAUGCCUUGAAGUCUCCCACAGGAGAUGAAGCCUACGAUGACAAUGGUUUAGUCCCUCGAGCAAUUCGGCUGCUUAAGGAUAAAUACCCUGAUCUUGUGAUCUACACGGAUGUUGCUUUAGAUCCAUACUCCUCAGGUGGGCAUGAUGGUAUUGUCAGGGAGGAUGUCAUAAUUAAUGAUGAGAUGGUAUAUCAAUUAUGCAAGCAAGCUGUUUCUCAGGCCCGAGCUGGUGCUGAUGUUAUUAGUCCAAGUGACAUGAUGGAUGGGCGUGUAGCUGCAGAUAUGGUAGUUGUUGCUUUGAUGCAUGGUGAAUUGGUUCUCGGUAUUUUUCUUCCAAAUACCAUAAUAGCAAAUCAAACAAUGCCCUUUAGGCAUGCAAACUCAUUCUAUGGUCCAUUUCAUGAAGCAAUCAACUCCAGCCCCUGUUUUGGAGACAAAAGAAUGUAUCAGAUGAACCCAGCAAAUUACAGGGAGGCUUUAAUUGAGGCUCGUGAAGAUGAGGCUGAAGGAGCUGAUAUCCUUCUGGCCAGAAUUUCUCCUUUUCUAGGAACAUUGGAUGUCAUUAAACUUCUCAAGGACAAGUUUCAUUUGCCAAUUGCUGCAUAUCAGGUUUCUGGGGAAUACUCAAUAAUCAAGGCUGGUGGGCUUCUCAAAAUGAUUGAUGAAGAAAAAGUUAUGAUAGAAUCUUUGAUAUGCCUCCGACGGGCUGGUGCUGGCAUCAUCUUAACAUAUUUUGCUCUGGCAGCUGCUAGACGAUUAUGGGGUGAGAAGAAUUGAGAUUGGUCUGGGAAGUUGACUGACCUCAUUGAUUGUCAGACGGCCAAGAGAGUUUUUCUUGUUUUCCAUUAGUUUACUCCAUUAGGAUUGAGCAAAAUUUUAGAGUGCGUUGUUUGUCUGCUGCAGCAUUGUCAUCUUCUCAAAUAUUGAACUGCGCACUGAGAAACGUCGCUU